UGUUGGUCUGCAGGCUAGAGGCUGGCUCUUUCCGGAGCCCAAAGCUUUGUCCCCAGGGAGCCAUGGCGAAGUCCAGGGGCCGUCUCUACUUUUGGAUGUACUUGGCUGCCGCGCUGGCAUCUUUCCUGGCAGGAUUUAUGGUGGGCUGGUUUGUUAAGCCUUCGAAAGAAACGACCACUUCACCGCCCUAUCAUCAAAGUAUACAGUGGAAACUCAUAUCUGAGAUGAAAGCUGAAAAUAUUAAAUCAUUUCUUCGUUCUUUUACAAAGCUCCCUCAUCUGGCAGGAACAGAACAAAAUUUACUUCUUGCCAAGAAAAUCCAAACCCAGUGGAAGAAAUUUGGACUGGAUUCAGCCAAGUUGGUUCAUUAUGAUGUUCUCCUAUCCUACCCUAAUGAGACAAAUGCCAACUAUAUAUCAAUCGUGGAUAAACAUGGAAUUGAGAUUUUCAAUACCUCCUACCUUGAGCCACCACCAGAUGGAUAUGAGAAUGUUACAAAUAUUGUUCCACCAUAUAAUGCUUUCUCAGCCCAAGGCAUGCCAGAGGGUGAUCUUAUAUAUGUGAACUAUGCUCGUACUGAAGAUUUUUUCAAACUGGAAAGAGAGAUGAACAUCAACUGUAGCGGAAAGAUUGUUAUUGCAAGAUAUGGAAAAAUCUUCAGAGGAAAUAAAGUUAAAAAUGCCAUGUUAGCAGGAGCCAUAGGAAUCAUCUUGUACUCCGAUCCAGCGGAUUACUUUGCCCCUGCAGUACAGCCGUAUCCUAAAGGAUGGAACCUUCCUGGAACUGCAGCACAGAGAGGGAAUGUAUUAAAUUUGAAUGGUGCUGGGGACCCGCUCACUCCAGGCUAUCCAGCUAAAGAGUACACCUUUAGACUUGAUGUCAAAGAAGGAGUGGGAAUCCCAAGGAUCCCUGUACAUCCUAUUGGGUAUAAAGAUGCAGAAAUAUUACUACGUCACAUAGGAGGAACUGCUCCACCAGAUGACAGCUGGAAGGGAAGUCUUAAUGUGCAUUAUAACAUUGGGCCUGGGUUCUCAGGGCAUGAUUCCUUCAGGAAGGUAAGAAUGCACGUUCAUAACACCAACAAAAUUACAAGGAUUUACAAUGUAAUUGGAACGAUCAGAGGAUCUGUGGAACCUGACAGGUAUGUUGUUCUAGGAGGUCAUCGGGAUUCCUGGGUGUUCGGAGCUAUUGACCCAACCAGUGGGGCUGCUGUUUUGCAAGAAAUUGUCCAGAGUUUUGGAAAACUGAUGAGCGGAGGCUGGAGACCUAGAAGAACUAUCAUUUUUGCCAGCUGGGACGCAGAGGAGUUUGGGCUGCUGGGGUCCACAGAAUGGGCUGAGGAGAAUGCAAAAACACUCCAGGAGAGAAGCAUUGCUUAUAUCAACUCAGAUUCAUCUAUAGAAGGCAAUUAUACUCUCAGAGUUGACUGUACACCUCUUCUUUACCAAUUGGUGUAUAAACUAACAAAAGAGAUCUCCAGCCCAGAUGAUGGUUUUGAGAGUAAAUCUCUUUAUGAAAGCUGGUUGGAAAAGGACCCUUCAUCUGAAAAUAUAAAUUUUCCUAGAAUCAACAAACUGGGAUCUGGAAGUGAUUUUGAAGCUUAUUUUCAGAGACUUGGAAUUGCUUCAGGCAGAGCCCGUUACACUAAGAAUAGGAAAACAGAUAAAUACAGCAGCUACCCAGUAUACCAUACGAUUUAUGAGACGUUUGAAUUAGUAGAGAAGUUUUAUGAUCCCACAUUUAAAAAACAGCUUUCUGUGGCUCAGUUACGAGGAGCACUGGUUUAUGAGCUUGCAGACUCUAAAAUCAUUCCUUUCAAUAUUGAAGACUAUGCAAAAGCUUUGAAAAUCUAUGCAACAAGUAUCUACAAUUUAUCUAAGAAACAUGACCAACAAUUGAGAGACCAUGGAGUAUCAUUUGAUUCUUUAUUUUCUGCUGUGAAUAACUUCUCAGAUGCUGCUUCAGAUUUUCAUAGAAGACUUACACAAGUUGAUCUUAAUAAUCCCAUUGCAGUGAGAAUCAUGAAUGACCAACUGAUGCUCCUGGAGAGAGCAUUCAUCGAUCCCCUUGGUUUACCAGGGAGGCGGUUCUAUAGGCACAUCAUCUUUGCUCCGAGUAGACACAACAAAUAUGCUGGAGAAUCAUUUCCUGGGAUCUACGAUGCUAUGUUUGAUAUUGAAAAUAAAGAAGACCCUCAUUCAGCCUGGACAGAAGUAAAGAAACACAUUUCUAUUGCAGCCUUUACAAUUCAAGCAGCAGCAGGGACUCUGACAGAAGUAUUAUAGUAAGGUCUCAGCCAAGUGGCUAACCAUUUAAAGUGUUACUGAAAGUCUGAGGAUAAAAUUCUUCCUUGUAUUUUGAUAACUCAUGAUGCCAGAGGAUUCUAUAAUCUUGCUUUUCAUGUCAUGUUUUGAUUUUAGACUUCCAUCCUGUCCAUCUGUAAAGAGGUUUUUUGGCUCUUUAAAAAUUCGUAACUUCAUCACCGAAGUGUUAAAACAAAAAACCUCCAAUCAUGGGGCAGAAACACAAAGUAUCUGAAAAUUCCCUUAAAUAAAAUAUGGCAAGGAA